GAAGACAAAAACAAUCGGCAUCUCUCCGACAGUACAACACAAACAGGAGGACCCAAGCCGAAUAUUGAUAUUUACGUUAAAUACCUUUCUCACCGACACGGACACAACCAAGGGGGAAAUGGUUUCUCCGGUAACAGUGGUCAAGAGUGAAGGCCCAAAGCUGGUGCCAUUCUUCAAGGCGACCUGUGUAUACUUUGUCCUGUGGCUGCCCACCUCCAGCCCGUCCUGGUUCAGCGCACUCAUCAAAUGUCUACCCAUCUUCUGCCUCUGGGUGUUUCUACUGGCUCAUGGGUUCAGCUUCUUAGGUGCCCACUCCAGUGCCCGCAAGAUCUUGGCGGGCCUCAUCUUCUCUUCUCUGGGUGACGCCUUUCUCAUCUGGCAGGAGCAGGGCUACUUUGUCCACGGCCUUCUGAUGUUUGCUGUCACGCACAUCCUCUACUCAUCCGCCUUCGGGAUGAAGCCCGUCAACGUGUCCGCUGGCCUGGUGGUCACCGCCUUGUCCUCUAUGAGCUACAUGCUGCUGUACCCCUACCUGUCGGGCCCCUUCACCUACUUAGUGGGGGUCUACGCCGCUCUGAUCGGCUUCAUGGGCUGGAGGGCCAUCGCGGGCCUGCAGCUGGCCAACGACCUGUGGACCUGGACCAAGCUGUCCGGCUGCCUGGGCUCCGUGCUCUUCAUAGUCUCCGACCUCACCAUCGCCGUCAACAAGUUCUGCUUCCCCGUGCCCUAUUCGCGGGCCAUCAUCAUGGCCACCUACUACGCCGCCCAGAUGCUGAUAGCGCUUUCGGCCGUGAAGUGCCAGGAGGCGGAGGUGGCCAGGAAGAGAACGUGAGGUGCCGCCGACGUCCGCAGUGAACGGCCGCGAGGCCCUAAAGUGAUCAUGGACACAUCUCACUGCCAGAUCCCCUAAACCCUCGACCCUCAUCUCAGUGUGGCGCUCCCACGCCAUUGUUACCAUAACAACUGGUUCACUACAGUCUUUACAUGCGGCCGUCACCCUACGACCCGACUAGUAUGGUAGUCUCACACCUGUCUCCUUACCACCACGCUAGUAUUAUCUGCAGCCUCUCCCAACAACAGUCCUACCUGCCUUCUUUCAUCUCUCAAGCCUAGUAGUAUUAGUAGAGAGUAUUACUUUACCUUUAACUGUUUUAGUUUAAGGGGAGCAUGUAAACUAGGGACCUUCAAGGAGUGUAUGUAUGUGUGUGUAAGUGUGUGUGUGCGCGCAUGUGUGUGUGUUUGAUUAACACUCUUUACCUCGCAGUCCCAUCACACACAGUCACCACACUGACUCCCUCCUCACACGUCUACUCUCAGUGGUCCAAUAACACAAUUUAACAUCAGGGUUUUGUUGAAAAGGGAUUUGUUUUGCCCAUGUUUGGUGUUUCCCUCUGUUCCUCUGAUAAAUUCAGGGUUCUGUUCUUAAAGUCAGGAGCAUGUCCACCCCUGCUUUUAUUAUCUGCAGUCCCUUCCAUUUCAUUGACAACAACCACUCAGCCUUUGUGUCAAAACAAAUCAUACAAACCCCAGUCUCUCCGGAUGGAUGAAUUAGGAUGUGCUUGAAUAACUAGAUGUGCAGAGAAAGAAUGCCAGAGGCCGAGACAAACAAAUAGGUGAAAAGGCAAGCAGGGACAGUCGACGGCUAUGCGUUGUAGUUUAGUGAUCGAGAGGAGGAGGUGUUUAAGAGGACACUUGAUUCAAACUAUGAAGGGUAAAACUCAUUAAAACUAAUCAGCAUUUUCCUCUUAAUGACUAAACCUAAAAUAGCCGCCAAAACGAACCCUUCAUUUUAAACAGUCUCACACGCUUGUACAUGUAUUUCAGGUUUUGUAGCGUGUUUUUCAGAAACGUACGUGCCAAUGUCAACAUGCUCACGCACCUGACACCUACGCCCCCCCCUGCUGUUUCACUUAUUAGGAAAAGUCCAUGGGGCUCUUAUUGCUGGACUAGAUCAGCUGACCCAUGCUGUCGUUGGCCUGGGACCAUGUUAUGGAGACCAAAAAGAAAGAGCUCUGUUACUGGCUGGAAUCUCUCUGUGGGAACUGUACAAGUACAAGUCCAUUCACCAUCACCAUAAACACACACAUUGCCCCGGGACUGCCUGACUGAACAGAAAAGGGAUAUGAUAUCCCGUCUUUCAUCUAUCGCGCAUUCCCCCCCCCCCCCCUCCCCGCUCACCUUUCAUUUGUUUCACCCUCAGCAAACGUCUUAAUGCUGGAACUAAGUAGCUGGAAGUAUACUGUAACCCUUUCCUCAGGUGUCUACAUACAGUACAUGCAUGGUUUGAGUGUGUGUGUAUGGGAGAGUGUGUGUUUUCGUUGUCUUGGCUAUUGAGUGUGCAUCUGUGACAAAUCCGAACCAACAGAAAUGCUGUGAACCAUCAUAGUUUGUAGAAACACUUUGGGAUAACGUAUUCUUCACAAGGCUCCGAAAACCCUUUUUAUUUAUAGCAUCCCCUCAAAGUAGUAUCUGAUUGGGUGCGGUACGCUCAAACUGGUGUGUGUAUUUUCUUAAGGUUUAAUUGGACCUUAAUAGUAACCAUGUUCAUCGGCGGACAAGCCUCCUCUUGAAUACACUCUCCACCUAUUACCUAUAGUAUCCAUCACUGGCAUUAUGAUUAAUACCACUAACCAGACACCGGAAAAGUAGAAAGUAUUAACCACUAACGCAAAUAGCAAAGAGAGAGCUUUAGAUAUUUAGUGGUUCACUACACAUGCACCUUGAUGUGAGAUAUUGUGCUGUAUGCUAAACAACAGGCAUGGGAAAGUAAACCGACUCUUAUGUUAUGGGUUGCUUUUCUGAAGGGUCCAUGACCCCUGGUGCUGUCGGUGACACGCCGGCAUACGCUCAAAAACACCACACACAUCUAAACAUGUUUAUGCAUCACACCAGCCACCAUGGUACAUCUGCAGGCAGACCGUGGUUUCAAGAGUUCUCAUCGAAAGCAGUCUUAGUUUGACCGGGAAAGGCACUUGGCACCAAUCCGUCGGAUCCUGACCGCUGCUUUGCCGGACGAUUCCUCAAUCUCCUUUUUUGGCCUGUCAGCAUGCUCGUCAGCACAUGUGUUCUUCUGCUUCGUCAGUCAGAAGUGUUUCAACAAGUCUGUCUGUGCGACCACUCGUCUUCCGGCCCGUGUUUUCAUUUCUUUUCUUUCCUCCCAGCAUUGCUGAAGCGUCCCACUCUGCAGAGCACGUUCUGCCAACAAUUAAUAUCAGCCGUCGUGCGGACGGACAUCCAAAGAGGCUCUGCUUCGUGCUGUCUUCAAUCGGGGUUUCAGUGAAGUACAAGCAGAGACGCUGGUUAACACGACUAGUGUGCAGUCUGACGACAUGGAGUCAAGCCGUCUUACUCACCCUUACUAUGUGGGCUAUUUAUGUAAGAUACCAUAUUGAGUCAGAAAGGAUCUGACUCUGGAGGAUUUACUUUUAAUACUCUGUUUCUCCUCCGUCGUCUCUAUUUUUACUUGACUUGGGCGCAGAUAACCAAAGCUGAAAGCAUGAUAGGAAACUGAACUCAUUUCACUUGAACUUGUCAGCAUCAGAGCCCUCUCAUGUAUCAAACAACCUGUUGUGUGGGUUUUUUUUUUUGUUGGUGCAGGAGUGCAUUUGGCCCUCCGCAUAGGAAGGAGGUCAUUGUUCAGCGAUACUGUAGCUGUGAAUUAGGCCAGCAGGUGAAAUAUGACACACAGGGGAAGACCCCCCCCCCCCCACACACACACACACACACACACACACACACACAGAUGGCAGGCCAUCAGGCGCAUCGCUUUACCUCAGCCUGUCAUCAGCCCUGUUGUUCUGUGCUUUGUGCGUGCAGACAAAAGGUAUCUGAGAGAGCUGUGGGAGACCAGUAUGGUGUGCGAGUAAUGAGCCGGAACCAGUGGCUGUUGCAGUAGAGCGGGCCCGUGGUUUCACUCGGUCCCUCCCCCCCCCCCCCCCCAUGAAUAAGUUUCUUUUUGCUGUCGUUUCUUGUGAUGGAAAAGGUGCACACUACACACCCAGUUGUUUUUUAUGACUACGACUGACAGUCCCCCCCCCAUCAGUAUGACGAGUAUGUACAAGUAACGACAUCUUCUCUUUGUGAUAUUCAUCUGAAUCGACUGUGUGCUGCACUUUUCUGUAUCCAGAGCAAGGCCAGUCAAUCUCUCUUAAAGCAGCUAUAGUGUUAUAAAGGAUUGUUGUGUACUGUAUCCUUUAAGUAUAUGCUUCCGUUUUCUUCCUUUAACGCCUUACGUUUCUGUUUGAAGAGACAACAGAUGUUCGUUUUCAUGUUGAGGGUUUAAUCACAAUGAAGUGACGCAUGGGAGAAUCAGCAUUUUUAUUUAAAUGACAUUAGUGGCUCUUGAAGUGUUACAAACUUCUUAUUUUUUCAAUGUUAUCCUUUUAUUUGCCGCACCAAAUGUUGUCACUGUGGAAAGAGCUGGGUUUGUUUUUACAAUACAUCAUCUGACUUCAUUUUAUGAACACAUAUUGCAUCUCUUAUUUUAAUUCUAGGAUAUACUUUACCUUGUCCUUGAUUUUCACUUUGUGAUUUCUGUUUUUUCUAAUGACCGUAGAGAUGAAAUAGUUUCUUUGCUGUAGUGAAACUGCUAUGAAUGUGAAUAUCUAUUGGAAAAAUAAAUGCAAGUACAAUGCAACUUUCCAUA